AUGCAGGCCCACCGCAAAGACUCGACCGUGGGUGUCUUCUGGCUCAAUGCUGCCGAGACAUGGAUUGAUAUUACCAAGGAUAAAAGCAGCGGUAUCGUCAGCUCCAAGACAACUAUGAACACCCACUGGAUGUCGGAGAGUGGUCUGUUGGACGUCUUCGUCUUCCUUGGACCUACUCCCCAGGACGUGACCAGAAACUACGUCCAACUCACCGGCACGACUGCCAUGCCCCAGGAGUUUGCCAUUGGCUACCAUCAAUGCCGCUGGAACUACGUUUCUGAUGACGAUGUGAAAGAUGUCGACCGCAAGAUGGACCGAUACAAGAUCCCCUACGAUGUCAUUUGGCUCGACAUUGAAUUUGCUGACGACAAGAUGUAUUUCAACUGGGACAAGGAUAUGUUCAAGGACCCCAUCAGCAUGGGCGCGCAUCUCGAGGAGCAUGGUCGGCAGCUUGUCCUCAUCAAUGAUCCUCACAUCAAAAACAAGGAUGGCUACAGCGUCGUCUCUGAGCUCAAGAGCAAGGACCUUGCUGUUCGUAACAAGGACGGCAACAUCUUUGACGGCUGGUGCUGGCCAGGCUCCUCUCACUGGAUUGACUGCUUCAACCCCAAGGCCAUCGAGUGGUGGAGUGGUCUUUUCAACUACGACGCGUUCAAGGGCACCCUCAAGAACACCUUCAUCUGGAAUGACAUGAACGAGCCCUCAGUCUUCAACGGCCCAGAGGUCACUAUGCCCAAGGACAAUAUCCACUUCGACGAUUGGGAGCAUCGCGACGUGCACAACCUGAAUGGCAUGACCUUCCAUAAUGCCACCUACCAGGCACUCCUUACGCGCGAGAAGGGCGAGCUACGUCGACCUUUCGUUCUCACUCGAUCUUUCUACGCUGGCUCGCAGCGUUACGGUGCCAUGUGGACUGGUGAUAACCAGGCGUCCUGGGAGCAUCUCGGCAUCUCACUUCCCAUGAUCCUCAACCAGGGCAUUUCUGGCUUCCCAUUCUCUGGCUCUGAUGUUGGUGGCUUCUUUGGCGAUCCUGAGGCGGACCUUAUCGUUCGCUGGUACCAGGCUGGCGCCUUCUACCCCUUCUUCCGUGGACACGCCCAUAUCGAUGCGCGCCGCCGCGAACCCUACCUCCUGGACGAGCCGUAUCGAGGUAUUGUCACUGCGGCGCUGCGUCUCCGUUACACCCUCCUGCCUUCCUGGUACACGGCCUUCCAUGAAGCUCAUCGCAACGGCAGUCCAAUCGUGCGUCCCCUGUACUGGACUCAUCCCUCUGAUGAGGGCGGUUUCACUAUUGACGACCAGUUGUUUAUUGGUUCGACUGGUCUUCUUCACAAGCCUGUUGUGGAACAGAACCAGGAGUCGGUUGAGAUCUACAUUCCCGAUGAUGAGCUCUACUAUGACUACUUCACUUAUGAUGUCAAGUCGACGUCAAAGGGCAAGCGCGUCUCAGUGGCCACGCCUCUCGAGAAGCUGGCGCUCCUCAUGCGCGGCGGUCACGUCUUUGCCCGUCGUGAUAUUCCCCGUCGCUCGAGCCAUCUCAUGAGGUUCGACGACUACACCCUGGUCGUCGCUGUGAACAAGGCCGGCAAUGCUGAGGGCGAACUCUACGUCGAUGACGGUGACUCUUUUGAUUACGAGGGCGGGCAAUACAUCCACCGCAAGUUCAACCUCGACAAGACCGCCAAGACACUUUCGUCAGUGGACGCCGAGGGCCGUGAUACCAAGGCCAUCAAGGCAGGCAAGUGGCUCGAGGCUAUGGAGGCUGUCCACGUCGACAAGAUUAUCGUUGUCGGAGCCCCGGCUGCGUGGGACAAGGCGGCGGUGGAGGUUGAGUCGGAGGGCAAGACAUGGACGGCGCAGGUCCGCUACCACAAGGCGGAGAAGGGUCGGGCGGCAUUCGCGGUGGUUGGCCGCGUCGGUGCUCGCAUCGGCGCUGAUUGGACUAUCAAACUAGCAUAG